AUGAGCUCCUAUUUCGUUAAUCCGUUGUUCACUAAGUACAAACCGGACGAUGCACUGGACCGUACUAAUUACUACGACGGCUGUUUCCCGCACGGAAUCAGCGGGGAACCCGCUCUGAUGUACGGCGCGGUGACACGUCCCGCUUUCCAGCCCGUCUCCGGUCACAUCCAGGACUACUUCCACACCGGUGGCUCCUCGCUCCCCGCCUCCAGCUACCAGCAGGGGCCCUGCGGACCCUCUUGCCAAGGGGAGACGGCCAAGUUUUACGGCUACGACGCGCUGGGCAGGCAGAACGCUUACGCCGGCGGGCAGACGGACGCGGCGUUGCUGCAGUAUCCCGAGUGUAAGGCGGGGGUCCCCGCUCCAGCGGCGGCGGGCAGCGGGAGUGAAGGACCGGGAGCCGUGAAUCCCAACUCACCCGCCAGCCUCAUGUUCCCGUGGAUGAGACCGCACGGUUAG